AUGGCUAGUCAGAGUUCCCAGACGGCACACACAGCCCCACUGGCCCCAUUAACUUAUGGGGAGCCUGCAGCAGGGGACCCCCAUGAGUCCUCCCCAGAUCCAAAUGUUGAUUCAGCGGAGACUUUGGAGAAGCAGGGUGACCAACCCAAGAGCCCAGAUUCAGGCCUCCAUGACAAUCUGCCCCCACAGGGCCUGAAGCCACAAAUAGCCAACAAGGAAGAGAACCACACCUUCCUCGGGCUGUCCUUCCCCAGGAAGCUCUGGAGAAUUGUGGAGGAUGAGGCCUUCACCUCUGUGCACUGGAACGAUGAGGGAGACAUGGUGGUCAUUGAGGCAGAUCUCUUCCAGACAGAGGUCCUCCAGCGCAGAGGUGCAGACCAGAUCUUUGAGACAGACAACAUCAAAAGCUUCAUCCGUGAACUGAACCUGUACGGUUUCAGUAAAAUCUCCCCUUUGGGUCACUCUGCAGGGAAGAAGAUGAUGAUCUAUCGCAACUCCAAUUUUCAGAAAGACAAGCCUCUCCUCCUGCAGAACAUCCCAAAGAGAAAGAAGCGAGUGGUGGCAACCAGACACUCUCCUCGACUCCACCACAACCAGUGCACCCAAGAGGCCGACAAGAAAGUCCAGAAGGGAACCCCACCUGUUCGCAGAACCCCCAGCCGGCGAUCAUUUGUGCUCUCUCACCUUUGGUCCAUGGGCAGUGUACCCAGGCAGGCCGGGGCAAACUAUCUCCCCAUGGAGGAGGGCGGCCCCAGUGGAAAGGGCACAUCCAGCAAUACCACGUCUGCACCCCCAGCUACUUCUGGGAGGGAGGGUACAGGGCAAAUGCCCGAGAGCCCCCUAGAGUACCCAGAUUAUGAUUCAGUGAUGGCUUUGUACAACACCUGUUACUCCAUCCUGACGGCAGCCCUUUCCUUCACGGCCCCAAAUGAGGCCCCUGAGGCAGAGGAGGAGCAGGGAGAGUCCUCCGAUUACAAAUGUGUACUCUGUGAGCAGGUCAAGGACAAGCCCAAUCCCUAA